CUGCCCGCAACAGGAGGGAGGAGGAGAAAACACUAACUCCAUCAGCUCUAAUGGAGAAGAUUCAGAUGAGGCCCAAAUGAGACUUCAGCUGAAAAGAAAGCUGCAGAGAAAUAGGACAUCCUUUACCCAGGAGCAAAUCGAAGCCCUUGAGAAAGAAUUUGAGAGAACCCACUAUCCCGAUGUGUUUGCAAGAGAGAGACUAGCUGCUAAAAUAGACCUGCCUGAAGCAAGAAUACAGGUGUGGUUUUCUAACAGACGGGCCAAGUGGCGAAGGGAAGAGAAGCUGAGGAAUCAGCGAAGACAAGCCAGCAACACCCCCAGUCACAUUCCCAUCAGCAGUAGUUUCAGCACGAGCGUUUACCAACCUAUUCCGCAACCAACCACCCCCGGUUCCAUGUUGGGCAGAACAGACACAGCGCUCACAAACACGUACAGUGCUCUGCCGCCCAUGCCUAGCUUCACGAUGGCUAACAACCUGCCUAUGCAACCCCCCGUACCCAGCCAGACCUCCUCCUACUCUUGCAUGCUGCCCACCAGCCCCUCCGUGAACGGCCGGAGCUAUGAUACCUACACACCUCCGCACAUGCAGACACACAUGAACAGCCAGCCGAUGGGCACCUCUGGCACCACUUCCACAGGUCUCAUUUCCCCUGGAGUGUCAGUUCCAGUUCAAGUUCCUGGCAGUGAACCUGAUAUGUCUCAAUACUGGCCAAGAUUACAGUAAAACAUGUGUUAAUUCCGUAAAUGACUAUAUGGACAACAGUUGGAUGUUCAGCAGUAUUUUAUAAAGGAAGAAUGGCUCUCAGAGUACUUCUGUACUGCAACUGUGCCCUAUGCUGUAACACAUGGAAAAAGACUUUAACAUGGACCUUUGUACACUGAAGGCGUUAUAUCAGUUGGAACAAAUCUUCAUUUUGGUAUCCAAACUUUUAUUCAUUUUGGUGUAUUAUUUGUAAAUGGGCAUUUGUAUGUUAUAAUGAAAAAAAAGAACAAUGUAGACUGGAUGGAUGUUUGAUCUGUGUUGGUCAUGAAGUUGUUUAAAAAAAAAAAGAAAGAAAAAAAAAGAAGCCAUGAUCAACAAGCUUUGCCACGAAUUUAAGAGUUUUAUCAAGAUAUAUCGAAUACUUCUACCAAUCUGUUCAUAGAUUAUGGAUUGAUGUUCCAAGUUUGUAUCAUUCCAUUGCAUAUAAUCUAAACCUGGAACAAUACGCACUAGAUUUAUGUAAGAAAAAUAUCUGUUGGUAUUUCCAAAGGUUGUUAACGGAUGAAGCUAUGUGCAAACAAGGGUUAAGAGAGAACUUCGACGAAGAAAAGAGUUUGAUAGAUAAAAGGUAGAUUGUGUCUUCGAUAUUAUCCAAUUUGUUUUAUGUCGAAAUGUAAGUAUUUGUCUUCCCUAGAAAUCUCCCAGAAUGAUUUCUAUAAUAAAGUUAAUUUCAUUUAUAUUUGACAAGAAUAUUCUAUAGAUGUUUUAUACACAUUUUCAUGCAUCAUACGUUUCUUUUUUGGUCGGCAAAAGUUAAUUGUUCUUAGAUAUAGUUGUACUACUGUUCACAGUCCAAUCAUUUCUGUGCAUCUAGAAUUCAUUCCUAAUCAAUUAAAAGUGCUUGCAAGAGUUUUAAAAACUUAAGUGUUUUGAAGUUGUUCACAACUACAUAUCAAAAUUAACCAUUGUUGAUUGUAAAAAC